GUGUGGCCACCCAUCGGGAUCCCUUUCACCUGUUGGAUCACUUCACCCUCCGCCAAGCUGUAUGAGUAUUUCAAUUUGUAUGCCACCCACUCACGCACUUGGUCGAAUUUCACCGACCAGUGCCCGCCUCUAGCCUGGCUACCCAUUGCCGGUUUCUUCCCCCGACAGCUAACAUUAACCCUGUCAUAUCCUUUGGACACCAUGAUCUCAAUCAACCAAUCCACUGACCCCCGGAUCGUGGUUUGUGAUAGUUCUGCAAACAUGUUAUUGAUGUCGAAGGUCGCCGUCAGCACUCCUUCUCUCGAGUUGAGACCGCCCGCCCAUGUCGCCAGACGUUGCAUCGCUUCUUUUGACGAUGACACGUUGAAGUGUACUCGUUUCGCGAGGCAUCCCAGCAUGCAAUGGAGUGCUUUCGCCACUUUCCUUGCACCUUCUUUCGUCGAUGGGGAGGGAGAGGAGGAGGAGGAAGAGGAGGAAGAGGAGGAAGAGGAGGAAGAGGAGGAAGAGGAGGUGGAGAAGGUGGUGGAGGAGGAGGAGGAGGAGGUGGAGAAGGUGGAGGAGGAGGAGGAGGUGGAGAAGGUGGAGGAGGAGGAGGAGGUGGAGAAGGUGAAGGAGGAGGAUGAGGCUCCCAUGGUUUCCGCCGUAGUGAUCGGCAGAUGGGGAGGGAGAGGAGGAGGAGGAAGAAGAGGAGGAGGAAGGCGAGGAGGAGGAAGAGGAAGAGGGGGAGGUGGUUGUAGUGGUCGUGGGAGCGUAGAUUUGACGAGCUGAGUGGAAGAGGAGUUGGCAUUUUUCUUCUUAGUUUUUUUUUUUUUUUUUGUUUGCAGUUCUUGGGUUUAUGGGUCUAUGAUAG